CAGUGGUCGCGUGUAGCUUACCGUAGCUGCUCAGAGUUUCUCCUCCCGGCGCACUGAGAGCCGCGCGCACUACUUACCGGACUGAACCGAGCACAGAGACCGGAACACGGAGCAGGAGGCAGGCAGAACCGGGUCGCAGAUGGACGACCGCCAUCCGCCACUGCUGUAGGUCAGCGAUGGCCCAGGUGUUUCCUGCUGGUGGAGGAGAUGAAGCCCAGUCCGGACUCUGUGUUGGUCAUCAUGGGCUCCCUGGAUGGAAGCACGCCGGUUGAGAGGCUGCUUUCUGCGAUUCAUCUGGAGAGGUACCUGGACACCUUCCAUCGAGCCGGUCUCCUAUUGGCUAGAGACUUCACACACCUCGACAGCGAUGCAUUGGUCAGUCUGGGCAUAACUGCCACAGGACACAGGAAGAGAAUCCUACGAUUGGUCGGUUACAUCGAGAGGACAGAAGGCCAAAGAGCCAAUCGGAACGCAGAUCUCCCUCGUGACCGCUGUCAGUCAGUUUGUUCUUCGAAGCGCGGUCGCACCGAGUCGCCCCGUCAGGAGGUGAUCAGGAACAGCUCUGCUCCCGAUCUCGCCGCCAUGCUGGCAAACUCCGAUGGCGGCAGGCCAACAGUGAAGCCGGUCCCCAAACCGAGAACUGUCUUCAAUCGCCGCAGGACCGCGCCCAUCCAGUUCACCCCAACACCCGACCCUGCUCCACCCCUACCCAGGAGGCUUUCCCAGGAGUCCAUCUGCCUCACUGUGCUGGAAAGUCUGAGCUCAGCGGACAUGCCCACAGCAGACAGUGCUUUGACCUCUGACCUCAGUGACAAGGCGCCGUCACCAAGCCGAAGGUCGAGCCAUGGGGAGAGAACUGGGAAUGGCCGCUGCAGGUCUCUGUCAGACACUGGAGGGUUACCGCCGGUUCCCCCGAGGCUGAACCGCAUCGUCCCCCCCGCCUCGAUGCAGGGGAAUCCUCGCGCUUCUUCUUCUUCCCCUGUUCCCACAGAGCAUUUGCAGGCGCCGUCCUUCAUUUCCUGCACGGGUAGUCAUGACAACAGCAGGUUCUCUGGAUCCUCCCCCUCCGCUUCUCCCCGAGGAGGAGGCCUAGAGAUGGUCUCCAAUGAGAUAUAUUGGGGCACGUUACACAGCUCUGCUGCCCCCGGUGGGAAGAGGAAUUAUUGCAGCCAGCAGUCGGCUCCUCCCACUCCACCCAGACAGACACCUGAGAGGAACUGCGAGAGGAACAGUGGCAGCACUUUAAGUAACAACUCUUCAGGAUCAGCCAGAGCCUCCACGGACGACCCCGAGGACGAGAUCAGCCCGUACUGUGAGACUGUUUUCCAGACCCGGAGACAUCCUCCUGCCGCUGAGAGCGAGAGAAGCAGACAUGAAGGAAGGGAGGCGAGGAAAGAAGAGAAGCACGCAGAGGAUCAUGGGGGUCACAGGUUCUCGUGGACGAAGCGUUUUUCGCAGCCGUUUCACCCCGGGGACUCGCCAGGUUACAGCACUGUGGGAGAAGCUCCACCCUCCCUCCGCUGCCUUUCGCUGCCCCACCACGCCCUCCCCUGCGAGGCCGACGAGGACCUUACCAUCUCCCCCUACGCCAGUUACACCUCCCUGACCGAGAGAGCCCCGCCCAUCAUUAGCGGCUGGCUGGACAAGCUGUCUCCGCAGGGGAACUAUGUUUUCCAGAAACGCUUCGUGAAGUUUGACGGCAAAAACUUGAUGUACUUUGGCAGUGAGAAGGACGCCUACCCAAAAGGAGUCAUCCCAUUGGCUGCCAUCCAGAUGGCCCGUCCAGCCAAAGACAAUAAAUUUGAAAUUGUGACAAGUCACCGGAUCUUUGUGUUCAGGACGGAUAACGAAGUGCUGCGGCGGUGCUGGGUGUCCACGCUGCAGGAACACGUCAGAGAUCAGCUGGUGUUUGGACGGCGGCGUUUUGGUCCUGGAGCUCACUGCCAGAAACAUGGGGGCCUGGAACUCAAAGGAACAAAAUCCAAAGUGUACGCUGCCAUCAACACGGACCAGAUCUGGCUCUACAAGAGCGAGCAGUGUUUCCGUAACGGCAUCGGCAUCACGGUGAUCGAAGCCCGCGGAGCAACGAUCCGAGAUGGAAAACACAAGAGCUUCGACCUCAUCACGCCGUAUAAAACUUUCAGCUUCACCGCAGACUCAGACCGGGACAAACGGGACUGGAUGGAGGCACUGCAGGAGGCGAUCGCAGAAACUCUGUCAGAUUACGAGGUGGCCGAGAAAAUCUGGUCCAACCGCUCCAACAGGAUGUGCGCGGACUGCAAGGCCCUGAACCCCGAUUGGGCCUCCAUCAACCUGUGUGUGGUCAUCUGCAAGAACUGCGCAGGCCAGCACAGAGGGCUGGGCACGAUGGUCUCCAAGGUUCAGAGUCUGAAACUGGACACAAGCGUGUGGAGCAACGAGAUCGUUCAGCUCUUCAUCAUGCUGGGGAACGACCGGGCCAACGACUUCUGGGCGGCCCGUCUGUCCGUCUCUGAGGAGUUGGACUGCGAUGCGUCGGCUGAGCAGAGGAGAGAGUUCAUCGCCCAGAAGUAUCGCGAGGGUCGAUACCGCCUUGCCCACCCGGCGUUCAGCAGCCAGGAGGAGCUGCUCAAGGUUCUGUGUUCAGCCGUCUCUGAGCAGACUCUCCUGAAAACGGUGACUCAGAUUUUCUCAGAGGCGGAGUCAGCUCACCUCGCCAACGACUCCAACGGCCGCCACCCCCACCUAGCGGAUCACUGCAGCACAUCAGAUCCCAGCGUCUACGAUGAAAUCAUGCAGCCGAUUCUUCACUCUGGGUACCUCUACAAGUCGAGCUCUGCCAACAGAGGAACAAUGUCCAGAAAAAACAGAGAAGACUUCCAGAAGUUCUGGUGCUCGGUGGAUCAGUCUCUGGUCUUCUACGAGUCAGAUCGAUCAGCUGAUCCCAGCCUGCAGAUCAGCGCUAAAGACAUCGUGUGUUUGGGCGUCAGUCGACCCGACUCCUCCAACAACAACGGAUUCAUUGACAGGUUUCGUUACACCUUCGAGUUGUAUCUGACGUCGGAGAAACUCUUUCAGUUUGGCUUGGAAGCGUCCGACGAGCUGCACAGCUGGACCAAAGCCAUCGGAAAGGCUGCCACGCCGCUCAGCUGUCACUGCCUGCUGACCCGAGAGUUUGAACGGGUCGGGCUUCUACGGUACCGGGCGAUGCUGGACCCUCAGCAGUGGAAGGAGGCUUACUUUGUCCUGCAGAAGUCCAACCUGUUCAUCUGUCCCCGCAACGACGGCGCCGCCGAGGACAUCAUCAACCUCAACCGCCUGCAGGAGCUGAGUAUCACCUCCGAGAUGGAGAACCAGGAGAAGAAAGACAUCCUGGUCCUGGUGGAAAAAGGAAGAACGCUCCACCUGCAGGGCGUCGGUCGCGCAGACUUCUCUCUGUGGUACUCCGACAUUCAGCGAGCAGCCGGCGGUAAAGGAAAUGCUCUGAGAGACCAGCAGAUGAGCAGGAACGACAUCCCCAUCAUCGUGGACAGCUGCAUCGCCUUCAUCACACAGUACGGUCUGGGUCACGAAGGCAUCUACAGGAAGAACGGAGCCAAAUCCAGGAUCAAGCUGCUGAUGGAGGAGUUCCGCAGAGACGCUCGAAACGUCAAGCUGCGGAUCGGGGACCACUUCAUCGAGGACGUGACCGACGUACUGAAGAGGUUCUUCAGAGAGAUCGAUGACCCAAUCUUCAUGGUCGACCUCCACCCACUGUGGCAGGAAGCUGCCAAAAUCCCUCAGAGGCGUGCGAGGCUGGACCGUUACAAAGACAUCAUCCGCACUCUACCCCGAGUCAACCGGACCACCCUGGCUGCUCUCAUCAGUCACCUGUACAGGGUCCAGAAGUGCGCAGAUCUGAACCAGAUGUGCACCAAGAACCUAUCGCUGCUCUUCGCUCCAAGUCUGUUCCAGACGGAUGGGAAAGGUGAGCAUGAGGUGAAGAUCGUGGAGGACCUGAUAGACAACUACCUGUACGUCUUUGAAAUCGAUGAGGAGCAUCAGACCCAGAUUGAGCUGGAAAUCAGCCUCAUCACCACCUGGAAGGACACUCAGCUCUCUCAGGCCGGUGAUCUGAUCAUUGAAAUCUAUCUGGAGAUGAAGAUACCCGACUGCUGCAUAACUCUCAAAGUGUCUCCCACCAUGUGUGCUGAGGAGCUGACCAAUCAGGUUCUGUACAUGAGGAACGUCCCAGCUGGGGACAAAGACGUCUGGAUGACGUUUGAGGCCAUCGAGGACGGUCAGCUGGAGCGUCCGUUACACCCCAAAGAGAAGGUCCUGGAGCAAGCUCUGCAGUGGUGUAAGAUGGCCGACCCGAGCUCCGCCUACCUGGUGGUGAAGAGGGUCCCUAAAGGAGAAGGCAUCACUCUCCUCACCUCCUAUAAGAGCGAGAUCAUGAAGGUGGGUCUGCUGAGGUGUCGCGAGGAGCCUCCGAAGCUCCUUCAGGGGACCAGGUUCCAGGAGAGAACGUUCCAGAUUCGACACCACAAACUGCUGCUGCUCAAAGACAAGAAGAGCAUCAAACCUGAGAAGGAGUGGGCUCUGAAGUCCUUAAAGAUCUACAUCGGCAUCCGCAAGAAGCUGAAGGCUCCAACCAGGUGGGGCUUCACAGUGAUGUCAGACAAACACCAGCUGUACCUGUGCUGCAGCAGUGAGGCCGAGCUGUGGGAUUGGAUCACGAGCCUUCUCAGAGCUCAGAACGAUGACCCGGGUCCUCCAGUGCUGCGCCGCCACUCCUCCUCUGACAUCUCCAAGCAGAAGUUCGGAACGAUGCCGCUCGUCCCCAUCAGAGGAGACGAGAGCAAUAGCAGCAUGCUGUCGGCCAAUCAGACGCUGAGGAAACUACACGACCGGAGAACUCUCUCCAUGUACUUUCCCAUGAAGGUCCAGCAGGACUCGUUCGAGGAACGCUCGGAGUCUCCUGACCUGCCUGAGCCGCUCUAUGAGGAGGUCGGCGACUUCGGCCUGCAGGUCCUGAAGUCUCUGGAGACCAGCUUCCUGUCCAGCAGCAUCGCAGAGACCCAGGAAGUGCCAGACCACCCCCCACUCAGGUUGGUUCCCGUGGAGUCCAGAGAUUUGGAUCACAUGAUCAUCCCGGAAGUAGUCCGGAUGGCGAGAGGCUCCGUGGAGACUCUGGAGCAGAGCAGCAGCAGUAGCGGAGGAGCCGGCGGAGGCGAUGGAGAUGCAGGCUCUCCAGAUUCAGAUGCUGCCAGCCAGCCUGCAGUGAGAAGCAGGCAGACGCUGAUGGGAGUCUGCACGCCAUCGCAGGAACUGCUCCUGCAAGAGCUGUCCUCCGCCUUCAUCAAGAAUACCACGGAGGAGGAGCGGGAGGAAGAGGAGAGGCCCUACGAUGUCUGAGGACCGAACAGUGGAGUCACAUGAUCUCCCUCCAUUCACAGCACGCCAGCAGUCGACUCAAGGUAGCCAUUCAGGUUACAGAGACAACGAUCACAUGACCUCAUACAGGACCCGUCAGGCAGACUUUACUGUAAAAGCUGCGGCUGAGGAGGGCCAUGUGAUUCGGCCGCCUGUAGGUGAUUGGAGCUCAGUUCGGGGCUGUACUAACAUCAGCGGCUCUCUGACUUUUUCAGCCUGUGUGUGUGCAGCGUCCUCUGCAGCCAGGAGAGGGCGCUGUAUCAGUUUGUACUUAACAGACUGAGAGCUGAGUGUUCUCUUUAUGUAACAGGAAGUUUGAUCACACGUGUUUAAUUGUGAAUGACUCACAAACGGUGAAAAAUGUUUUUAUGAUAUUUUAAUGUUUCCAACGAGUCUAAUCUGAUAUCUCACAUCAGUAACCUUCUCUAACCUGUCAGUUCAAAUACUCGAUGAAGCUCACACAGGUAAAGGAGGAAGGUGUCACAGGUAACCCACAGCGCUGUUCCUGCGGAUGUGUUUAAAUAAAGUUAGAAGAGACUAAGUGACAGAGAGCCGGCUUCAGUGACGACUCUGGGAUUACACAUCAGAUUACACAAACGAUGACAUCAUGGAAACGCGGAGCUGUGAAGAUUAAAUUGAAGUAAACGAGCUGCAACGUGUGGAACAAAUCAAACUGUGAACACAGUUGGUCACAUCUAAACGCAGGCGCCUCAUUGGUCAGUUCUACACGUCUGUGUGUAAAGUGACCAAUGAGGCGCCUGCCUCAGUCUUAAAUUGGCUGUCUGGAAGUCAUGCGUUGGUUUGGCGCCUCCUGCUGGGACAGUGUAACGUGUUCUUCCUGUCGCUCUGUCAGUGCUAAUGCUGCAUUUCCUGUGAGGAUUUCAUAAUAAAAGUCAUGUGAUGAUCCAGCUGGAGUUCAUAGUACUGCAGUACUUCCAUCAGUUAUCACUUUGUAUUCGUUUGGAAGCUGUAUGAACAUUUUUAUAGACAUGUUAUUCAUAUAAAGACACUUGUAAACAUAUCUGCAGUAACACACACGUGUGUAUUUAUGGGAGUGUUUCCCAGUAGCCACAGUGUUCCAGUAAAGCUGCUGGUGAGGCCAGACUGGCCUCACUGGUUUGUGUUGCUGAAACCUCUGUGUGCUCAUGUUCCUGUACAGAUUUGGGAUGUGUUAUUAAAAUGCUGGUUUGCUGCAAAUUGA